ACUGCAGGAAUUAUUUUCCCUGCCGGUCACGCUUGAGUCUGUACUCGGCUCUCACAAUACCGCCGCCCGCUGCGAACGUUCGAUAGCACAGGAAAAUAAAACUUCGACUAAAAAAUGAGUCCGGCCAAACAAGUUCUUUGCAAGUGAAGCGGGGAUAACUUAUAUACAAUUCGCGUGGAGACACUUCAAAAAGAGAGAGAGAGAAAGAGUUGGAGAGAUGAAUUAAUUACUUGUCUUUUUUUAAAGAAACAAUACUCUCCAAGAAAGACUCACUUUUUACGGAUUCAGUGCAAGCUUGGUCAGAAUGUCAAAUCCGUUCAAAGAUCCAGAACUGUGGUGUAUUCUUGUAGACCAGGUUGUUAUAUUGACCCUAGAGUCUUCAUUAAAUCUCAAUUCCAUGUCCAGCACUGGUGAGAACUAAUUGAAUCAAAGAAUGACGUGAGGAGUCAUGAAGGCUGCCUACAUCUUCUUGAUCUCUGACCUCAUCUGCUUUUUAAUCAUCCUGACUAUGGACUCAAAGGCUGACUUUUGUCAGUCCUCAGUAGGAAAUCUGUCCAGUUAUGGAGUCGAUUUUUACGUACCCUUUCCGGAAGUGAACCUCACUCUGAGUUCAUCGUUUGAGUACAGAGUCUACGUCACCAACCCUAACAACUUCUCCAUUGCUGUGACAGUUAGGGUGACAGGUGAGGCUUGGAACGACCUGAAGAUUUGGUCCAUUGGCAUGAAAAAUUCAGACUACGUCUUCUACAACUCAAGCUUUAUGAUGAAAGGAGAGGGUCGAUUCAAUCAGGUCAUACAUCUCAGCUCUAGCAUGGCCUUUGGCGUUCACGUCAUAACUACGGAGAAGAUGGAUGGCUACACGUCACUUCCUGUAGAGUCCUGGGGCAACCACUACCUGGCGGUGACCUACUGUAAGCCUGGCAUUGCAAAAUGUCAGCUUGUCCUAAUGGCGAGUCAGUACACAGAGAUCAGGUUGACCUUGAUGGCCCAAGACUCGAACACGAUUAGUGUGAUGGACACACAAUCACCCGCAGCAGCUGAAGACCUAACCAUCAACUUGGAACCAGGUCAGGUGUAUCAAGUCCAGAGACUCUAUGACAUCACAGGUGCAGUCAUCCAUGCCAACGUGUCUGUGGGUGUAUUGAGUGGGUCAGCUGGCACGCCUGUAGGUGGAAGCCCAGUGCCUGGUGCCUUCCUGGAGUUUCUUUCACCUGUUAGGACGUAUGGGACAGAAUUUGUCCUCUACCAGACCUACAGACAUACUUCUGCCAGCGAUCUCGUUCUCAUUUUAGCCUUCCAAGACUCCACUGUUGUCUACAUGUCUACUGGUCAGCAGAGGUUCUCUAUGAGUCGCCUCCAGCACUUAAAACGAUAUUUCACUGAUGCGCUUGUCUACAUUCGAUCAGACCGACCGGUCAGUGUCGUCAAAUUCACUCAGGGUGACCAGUCGGUGACGCCUCCACAGUAUCCCACCAUGUCCAUCAUCUUACCCACUACACAGUACCUGGCCAACGUCUCGUUCAUCCUCUCCAAGAUGCCAAAUAUCACAAGAAGUGUGCAAUACAUGGUAAUCAUUGGUCGCACUACUGCCAUGAAUUGUCUUGCAGGCCCUACCGCACUGGAUACUUCUUAUAUUACAGAACUGGAUAUCCAAGCUAAUGUAUACAACCUGACAUCCCUCAGUUCUGCUCUAGAAGUGGCCUGCCCUAGUUACACUACUAAUACUUACGGGGUGUACCUGAUGAUGUCCAGUGACUACGUCUCCUAUGAAGUUCCAGUCGCUUACGGCCUUGACCCUAUCAACGGGCCAUGUUCUAUAUCUACCAACAGUCCUGGAGACGUCACUGACAAUGAUUGCGACUUUGAAAUAGAUGAAGACCCAUGUGACGAAACAAACUUUUGGUCUUAUUCAGACUGUGGACCUAUCAUAACAGGGGAUAGAAGUGUCUACGGCAAAAACUUUACAUUUUUACUGCCAGAAGAUAGUGACAAUGACACUGUCAAUCUUCAUGUUAGCAACCCAUCGGGACAAGUCGUUAAUAUAGUCGUGACCACGCCCAAAAAUUUAUCUCUUGUUAACCAAAGUUACUCGUCUGGAGAGCUGUACAGUAACAUUUCACUGCCUGUCGGAGUCCUGGCCGGAGCUUUGUCUACUAUUUACACGGAUAGAACAAUACACGUGCAUGCAGACCAAAAGGUUUCCAUCACAACUGUAGUUUUCACUAGUAGAGGAAACAUCAACAGUGCCUAUGCCACAAGGAUAAUACCAGACGAGCUACUGGGCAGAGAAUACUUCAUCGUGACAUUUUGUAUGAAUUCAAAAACCUGCAGGAUGGACAUAACAGCAUUCCAUAAUGACGACACAAGUGUUAGGAUACGCUUCAAACAGAACGCCAUAUCCAACGUGACAUUCAACUCUAAGGCCUACUUGAACGGAGACACUCUAUGUGUCACACUGACCCAGUACCAGUCUCUACAACUCCAGUCGACUGGCGAUUUAACAGGUAGCCACAUAGUAUCCAGUAAACCUGUUGCAGUUUGGACAACAUCAAAACUAACGAGGACGUUCUAUAAUAACAACAGGGACUCCAUAGCAGAACAUCUUCCCCCGGUUGAAACCUGGGGAUCACAGUUUGCGGUCAAACAAACCCCCAAGUGCCCAACGGGUUUUGAGGAUAUAAUAAAGAUUGUAGCAUCGACCUCACAAACUGAAGUUACCUUCAAAGUGAACAGUACCUCUGAUAAUAAAACCCUGCUGGACAACGCCGGUUCUUUUCUGGAAUACAAGUUAAUGUCAGACUUUGUUACGAUAACGAGUACCAAGCCAGUGCUGGUGGUCCAGAUAACCCAGAAUUCGUUGUGCUCAGAUGUCAGCAUCAGCCUGGUCACUCCAGUCUCUCAGUACCUACAGGACACUGACCAGGUGUUUCAAGCGUUUUUGUAUAAUGAAACAGAUAAGCACGUCAUCGUGACAACUUUGUUCAAUGCAAAUACCUUAGAGAUCAACAACAGAGGCGUCAACAUGACCUACUUUGACGACUUACAAGCGGGUUAUGGAAUCUUGGCCGUAACAGAUUUCUUUGUGAGUGUAGAGAACAAUAUGAGCUUCCCAUUUGGUGGACAGGUGUACUCCAACAGUAAAUUUGCAACAUACCUGUACCCACUGGCCUUUGGCAUGAACAAAGUCAACAAGGUCUGUCAGGUGACCAAAUCAUCCCCAGGUGACAACGUGGAUAACGACUGUGAUGGUGUUGUGGAUGAGGAGCCUUGUAUCGCCACACCUCAAGAUGUGGACAAAGACGGAAUGGACAAUGAAGAUUGCGCAUUACCUCCAGAAACUACGUCCUUGGAUAGUGUCACAUCAAUAGACUAUGACACGCUUGCCAGCUCCUACUCCAGCCUGGCACCACAGGCAUCUAGCUAUGACCAGUAUAUCACUACACCAUUUAGCCCAAUUUAUUCAGAGCUUAGCACAAACAGUGAUGCUACAUCAGUGGCGGUGUACAGUCUUUCUGAAUUAACAAAUCCGGCUUUGACUACAAGCAAUACACUCUUCUGGGAUAGCACUAAUACAGCUGAGAUAUAUUCUCUGGACAGUCAAACAGCCUUGGGUUCUUCUGGUACCUUGGUUACAUUAAACACAUUGGCUAUGUUUACAUCUUUGGCUACAUCUGACACAUUGACUACAUCUGGCACAUUAACUACUUCUGACACAUUGGCUAUGUCUGACUCUUUGGCAACGUUUAACUUUUUGGCUACGUCGGACACAUUGGCUACACCUGGCACUUUAACUGCGUCAGACACCUUGGCUACGUCUGACCUUAUAACAACUUUUAACUCUUUAGCUACAUCUGACACCUUGACUACGUCAGGCACACGACCUGCGUCUGACACUCUGGCUACGUCUUACAUUUUGGCUGCUUCUGACACCUUGGCUACGUCUGGCACUUUGACUGCAUCAGGCACCGCCACAAGUUCUAAGCUGAGCAGUAGCGAUGCACUUUUCAGCAUUUCAACUGCAUCCGCGAGAACAGAUGUUUCUAGCACAUCAACUGCGAUACUAACGAGUACGGGUUCUAACCUAUCAGCAUUUAUCACAUCAGCUACUACAUCAACUACAGCCACUAUUUCAACUACAAAGAUCACAUCCACGAGUCACUCCGUUGGUCAGUAUUGUGGCUGCCAAUGCCCCGUUAAUAUUUUGACCACUCGACCAGCAGCAAGUGAAAUUGUUGAAAUGACCUCAUCUAUUCAGAAGGAACUUGAGAUUGAUAAAUCAGAAACGUCUGCCAACAAAAGAACAUUGACAAGUGCACCAGACGAGAGAAGAUCUGCGCAGACGAUUGGAUAUUUCGGUGUUGCCAUAUUCGUUACAGUCUUUGCUGGCAUUGUUUUCUUAGAUUUUAACUACUUGGCUAAGGAUGUCAUAAAAAUUAUUAAAUUUAUUCAAAAGGGUAAAUGACAAAUUAUUUUGGUUCAAAAUAUGUCGAGCAGGAACAUCUAAGUGCGUACCGGUACCGGUACCGGUAGAUUCUACUUCAGCAUCGUUCUCGAUUUUGUAGAACAGACAUUUUUUUAGCUUGUUUUUUUUUUUUUUUUACCAAGUCCAGAAUGCCAGAUUACCGUAGAAAAUUUCGGACUUCAUUGGAAAUAUCCAUGUUAUAAGUCUACUGUGUAUUCCUGUUAUUCUGCACCAAUUUUAAUUUAAUAAGUGCAGAGUAUUUUAGUUAAACAUGAAGAAUCUUUGCUCACAUAGGACAUUGAACUAUGAAAAACAUUUUUCUGUGGAACGAAGUCUUUCUGCAUUUUCGAUUAGGUUAUUAUGCUUUUAGUUCUAUAAAUGGCAACUGCGCCUGGUGAUUUCAUAUGCCCAAUCUGCACCGCAGCUGUGUAUCAAGGAUUGGCCUCUUUAGCCACAUAAGAAGUUGCAAAGGGAAAAGAUCGUCUAUCGAGACGCCAAAUGCCACAGAGAGACAGAGUUCUAUAAAUAUAAAUGUGAAGUAAAUAGUCUUAUAACAAAAAAAAAAUUAGCUUACAACAUCAUCAGAGAAUACGAGGCCGCACAAAUAGUGAAGUACCGGUACUAGCCUAUACAAGAUACUAGACACUGACAGUCUAUAGUUCCGCUAUUUACGUGGAAAUGAAGAUAGCAACAUGUGCCUACGUUACAUUGACACACACAAGUGUUGUUUUUUUUUGUUGCUGUUUUUUUUUAAUUUAAAAAGCUAAUGUAUAGACAAUGAGCUUUUAUACAAUGAACAAAUAGGUUUCUAAACAUUAUUUGACUUAUUAAAUAUACUUUGGAAACAAAAUUAUGUGAUAUCACGCCCCUUAAGUGCAAUUUGAAUUUUUUUUAUUUCUUUUGUCCCUAAGUGUGCCCUGAUGCUAGAACGAGUUCAGUUUUUCUUCUUCCUCUUUCUCAGAUAAGUUUUAAUAUCAAACCAUUGGAAACGUAGAAGCAGGGCCGGCCAUAGGCAUAAGCAAACUAGGCAACCGCCUAGAGCCUCCGAUUGGUGAGGGUCUCGCCCAGGACUGUAACAUUCUUUAUAUUUUUCAAAAGAGAAGAAAAAGCGAAACUUGUUCAUAAUGUUACGGUUGAAAUUCACUUGGUUGUUAAUAAAUUGCAUAAUUAUAUUUUUCUUUGUUGAGCGGUAAAGCGCUUGGCUUAACCGGAGGUCCAAGGUUCGAAUCCUGGUGAAGACUGGGAUUUUUAAUUUCGGGAUCUUUGGGCGCAUCUGAGUCCACCUAGCUCUAAUGGGUACCUGACAUAAGUUGGGGAAAAGUAAAGGCGGUUGGUCGUUGUGCUGGCCACAUGAUACCCUCGUUAACCGUAGGCCACAUUAACAGAUGACCUUUACACCAUCUAUCCUAUAGAUCACAAGAUCUGAAAGGGGAACUUUACAUUGUAUUUUUUUUUUACUUUUUCAUUUGGGGUCACUAAAGUCACUUCGCCUAGGGCCUCCAAUUAUCUAAGGCAGGCCCUGGCAGUAGUUAUAUAGAAGAAGUCUAUUUAUGUGUACAUGAACUUCUGGAAACGAACUGCUUGAAUGUGAACUAGAUCUACAACUUUUGUGAAAAUCCCGUAUUACUUUGUACUGCAUGUCAUGUUACUGUUGCUAAUCACAUUGUCCAGUGAUAUUAAAAUAAUGUACUGCAUGCCCAAACGUACUACAUCUGCAACUAUAGAACUAGUUCCGUAGUAUUGCUACCAGUGUAUAUUGAACUAUCAAUAAUUAAUAAAAGAAACUGUGAUAAAAAUCUCUAACAAUUAUACAUAGUAUAAAUCUCAAGUUUUCACACUUUAUGGUAUAGUAUUGACUUGAUUGUUUUGAAAACAAUCUAUUCUAUUCCUUGCAUCUUGUAUUUAUUUGUUG